UCCCAUUGAUUCUUUGAGAAUAAAUUAAAGAAGAUUUACGUUGUGCGUAAAUGACGCAAUAAGCUCCGUUAACCGCCCUCCUUCCGUGACAUAAUCCAAGAUGGCAGCCACCAUAGGAAGACUGCUCAGGACCUCUGCACGCGUUGCAGCAGGAGGGCUGAAAGCCACAGCCUCCUGUCAACAUGGAGUCUCUGGGGCUGCACGAGUCCUCUCCACUCCUGCACUUCAGACUUCCUGUUUCUCCACCAGCUCUUCCAGAUGGGCGGCCGCUGUCACUCAGCCUGCUCCCGCUUUUAAGGGCACAGCUGUCGUCAAUGGGGAGUUCAAGGAUCUGAGCCUCUCGGACUUCAAGGGAAAAUACCUGGUCCUCUUCUUCUACCCACUGGACUUUACGUUCGUGUGCCCGACAGAGAUCAUCUCGUUCAGCGACAAGGCCAACGAGUUCCGUGACGUCAACUGUGCGGUGGUGGGAGUGUCUGUGGACUCUCACUUCACCCACCUGGCGUGGACCAAUACUUCACGAAAGGCUGGAGGCCUGGGCAAAAUCCACAUCCCCCUUCUGUCAGACCUCACCAAGCAGAUCUCUAGAGACUACGGUGUGCUGCUGGAGAAUCCAGGCAUCGCACUGAGGGGCCUGUUCAUUAUCGAUCCGAACGGCGUGGUGAAGCACAUGAGCGUGAACGACCUGCCCGUGGGCCGCAGCGUGGAGGAGACCCUUCGUUUGGUGAAGGCCUUCCAGUAUGUGGAGACCCACGGAGAGGUUUGUCCAGCCAGCUGGACCCCGCACUCCCCCACAAUCAAACCGACCCCAGAGGGAUCCAAGGAGUACUUCCAGAAAGUCAACUGAGGGCGUCGAGGCUGAAACCGUUAACACGUUUCACAUCUAAAACAUGUCUACUACUUCUAGCUCACAGUUCGUUACAAUGUACAUGUUCUUCACAAGCAGCCGAGUACACUAUUAAACAAGGUCUUCACAA